AUGCUUACAAAUAUCUUCUCUCUCUUCUCCCACUCCUCCUCCCAGCAGGGCUACACCAAACACGCACCCACCCCCCGGUACCGUCCCUCCCCCGCCGAAGACCACUUUGCCCUCCUCGCAUCCCUCCAGAUUGCAGUCCUCGCCCCACCUCCUGCCUCUACGACACCCUCCACCGCGCCCUCGAUGCUCCAUGGCCACAACCCCGCCAACCUCCGCAAGCAGGGCCGUCUCGCACUUACCUUCGCACUCAAGAACCAUACCGCUGGUGCGGGGCCUGAGAAGAUCCGCGUUGCGAAUGAACUAGAGGAGGCGAUUGAUGCGGCCUGGGCAGGUGUCGAGGAUUAUCGCGGGAGGGUGUACGCUGUCGGUGGAUGGUUGGCUGAAAAUGAUGGCAUUAUUGAGAGAGUCCUGAGCGGCGAGGUGACGGUGGAGGAUAUUGCGGCGGGGAAGCUGCCGGUGCCUGCGGUGGCGGGUGGUGAGAAGGUGGUUGCGGCGUAUUGUUAG